AUGGCCUCAUGGAGCCUUGGCCUCCUGUCUCUGCUCCUCUUCCUCUUCCUCUUCCUCUUCCUCCUCCACCAACCCACCACUACCUCUGCCAUCCGUAUCGAUGCCAUUAUCCGAAAACCCUCCUCCCCGGAGCUCCCAAACUUUCGUGAAGCCCCAGCUUUCCAAAACGGGUACUCGUGCGGGUCAAGAGAAUCCGAUAAGAUCCACAUUGCCAUGACCCUGGAUGCAAAUUAUUUACGAGGUACAAUGGCGGCAAUAUUGUCCAUGUUACAACAUUGUACAUGUCCUGAAAACCUCAAUUUCCACAUCCUGUCUGCACAUUACGCCCCUGAACUUUAUUCCAGCAUCAACUCCACCUUCCCUUACCUCAAUUUCAAGAUUUAUAGAUUCGAUUCCAAUCGUGUCCGCGGUAAAAUCUCUAAAUCUAUUCGACAAGCUCUAGACCAACCGCUCAACUAUGCUCGAAUCUACCUAGCUGAUUUUCUACCCAUUGAUGUAGAAAGAGUGAUUUACUUAGACUCGGACAUUGUUGUUGUGGACGACAUUGCAAACUUAUGGAACGUCAGCAUGGAAGACAAGGUUGUAGCAGCCCCUGAAUAUUGCCAUGCAAAUUUCACACAAUAUUUCACAGAUUCAUUCUGGUCUGACCCGGAUAUGCCGAAGACAUUUACGGGUAGAAAGCCUUGCUAUUUCAAUACAGGAGUGAUGGUGGUGGAUGUGGAGAAGUGGAGAAAAGGAGGGUAUACGGAGAAAGUGGAGGAAUGGAUGGCAGUGCAGAAGCAGAAGAGGAUUUAUCAUUUAGGGUCAUUGCCACCAUUUUUGUUGGUUUUUGCUGGGAAUAUUAAGGCAGUGAAUCAUAGAUGGAACCAACAUGGAUUGGGUGGAGACAAUUUUGAAGGAAAAUGCAGGAAAAUGCAUCCAGGUCCGAUUAGUCUUUUGCAUUGGAGUGGUAAAGGGAAGCCUUGGUUAAGGUUAGAUUCUAGGAAGCCUUGUCCAAUUGAUCAUCUUUGGGCACCUUAUGAUCUCUACCAUUCUGAUAAACACCAUUUUGAAGAAUAA